AUGUUGUCCUGUCACGCAUGGUUCGGCGUUGUCGGAAAAUGGCCCGCGUCGGACACAUCCAAAGAUACCGAUUGUCCUUUUCUCCCAACCUUCACGACAUCACCUAGACAACCAAUCCCGCCACCUUCCACCUUCCACCCCCCUCUCCCACCCUACACUGCGAUGGAGACCACAGGCCAAAGCCCAACAGCACUUGAAAAGCCUCCUGUCAUCCAGCCGAGAGCCUCAAACCCUUCCACGACGUCCACAACAUGA